AUAGUUUGUUCUGUGAUUGCAAUUGUAAAUAAAAAUAACCGUUUUAAAUUCAAACAACUAAUAUUUUGAAGAAUAAUAUAAUUCCUUAAGAAAUAUAAUACCUUUUUUUCUAAUUCUAUAAUUUCUCCAGAAUGAAUCUGGAUGAUUAUGUCAACGUUACUGUUAGAAUAAAACCUCCUCCCAGUAGAAAAUCCUUCAAAAGUUCCUUAAAAAUCAUCAGUACAAAUCCAGCCGUUUUGUUAGCAACAGAUAAACAGCAAACAUUUCAUUUUGACAAUAUUUUCGAGAAAAAUUCUACCCAAGAAGAUAUUUAUAACGAAGUAGUUAAACCUUUGGUGAGCAAAGUCAAAGAUGGUUAUAAUUGUACUAUAUUCGCCUAUGGACAGACUGGAACUGGCAAAACAUAUACUAUGGGAACUAAUUCAACGGAAAGAAGUCCAGGCAUCAUUCCAAGAGCUUUGGAGGAUUUUUUCUUAAAUGAUGACGGAGAAUUUGAUGUACAUCUUUCUUUUAUGGAAAUUUAUAAUGAGAAAGUUUAUGAUUUGCUCAAAAACAAUAAUGAAGUACCACUUCCCAUUAAAGGUUUUAGAGUUGAAGGCUUAUCAAAACAAAAAGUUUUCAAUAUUUAUGAAGCAAAACAUUUUCUUGAAAUGGGAGGAAAAAAUCGCCAUACUGGGGAAACAAAACAAAAUUUGUUCAGUUCAAGAUCUCAUGCAAUUUUCUCAAUUGAAUUCACAUUGGAUCAAGGAAAUAAGCAAACUUGUGGAAAAUUGAAUUUAGUUGAUUUGGCUGGUUCAGAAAGUGUAAAGAAAACAGGAACACAAGGAAAUUCCUUUCAAGAAGGAAUAAAUAUAAAUAAAGGAUUACUUUGUAUUGGACAAGUGAUGACAGCAUUGAGCAAUAAUCUACCACAUAUACCUUAUAGACAAUCCAUAAUAACAACUAUUCUUCAAGAGUCCCUGAAUCGAAAUAACUACAUAUCCUUGAUUGCUUGUGUGAAAUGUGGAACUGAAGAUUCUAAUGAAACACUUCAGGCACUGGAGUUUGCUCAAAGAGUGAAAAAGAUGAGAAAUAAGCCAGAAGUUAGAGAAGUUCUUAUGAAAUAUAAAUCGGAAAACCCUACUCUGUUUGAGAAGAAUGGAGUCUCAUCAACACCUAUAAAAAGAGCUGCAACAACACCUCUUCGAAUAAAUCAUUUCAAGAAACCAAGGGGUUUGAGUACUUUGAACUCGCAUGCAGAAAUAAGUGGAACAUCCAUAAACAAUUCAAAAUCAACGGUUUCAAUGUCUUCUGCCUGCAAUAGUGAGAUGGGCAUUAAUUUCAGUCCAAUAAUGAGGAAAUAUAUGGGUGAGCUUCAAAAUACCCUUAUGGACAAAUUAGAAACUGUGAUUCAUAAUACUUUGAAAAGACCUACUAGAAGGAGUACCAGAUUGUCCUCCGCAAGGGAGAAGGAAAAUACUCCCAAAUAUUCUUGGAAUACAAUCCAACCUCAAUUAUCAAAACUAAUACAAAAGGAGGUUAUGCUGUUGACUUCCAAAACAUCAAAAGCCACUAGCAGUCCUAUAGAUCAUGAUGAACUUGAUCAAGCAAAAAAGAUAUUGGAUAUCGGGAACGUGCGAUGCCCCGCAAUGUGGAGCUACGUGAUGGCCGCCACGAAGGGGGACUCCCGUAGACUGCGUUCCCCGGAGUCCGUUUUCACCGUCCAGCCGUCAGCUUAUGGCCCGCAACCGGGACCGCUAUGCAGGAACACUUCGAAAUGUACAUCCAAAUCCCAGUCGUUGAACUCUAAUUACAAAAACCAAUUAAUUCAUCCAUUCUUCCAUCGGACAAGUGAUGAAACGUCUUCCAGGCAUGCAUCUGAGAAUACCCUGGCAGAAGUCGCGGUUCAGAAAACGAACAUGCAUUAUUCCAACGAAAGUGAAGAGGAGAGUCAAUCAUCAUCACAACGACGCCUUUUUUCUGCGUUCAGAGGCAGGCUUCGACGAGUUGCCUGUUCACUACAAGCUGCCGUGAGGUUUAGGAGUUUCUCGAAAAAAGAACCAGAUCCAGUGGAUUGGUUUGUGGAUAAGAGUCAUCAAAAAUCGAACGCUGACAACGCGGAGAAAUGUCAUGAACCAGCGAGGUGUUGGGGUCAUACAAUCAUUGUGGAUCCAUCGUCGACUUAUCAUUACAAUUGGCUGAUGCUGGUAUCGUUGGCCGUGCUGUACAAUGUGGUCUUCGUGUUGGGCAGAGCAGUUUUUUGGGAGCUGAACAAUUCGGUUCCGGUUUUAUGGUGGACCCUUGAUUACGCCUGUGAUGUUAUUUAUAUUUUAGAUAUACUAGUACGUGCUCAUGAAGGUUAUCUGGAGCAAGGCUUGUUGGUAACUGAUCCCCGCAAACUCAGAGCUCACUACCUCCAAACGAAGCAUUGGAAGACGGAUCUCUUGGCGCUGAUACCGACAGAUCUGGCCUAUUUCCGAUGGCAUCCCUUCGAGUGUGACGUCCAAGUGCCGUGUCCGGUCAUAGUUCGCGUGAACAGACUGUUCAAGUUGCCGCGACUGUGGGAAUGGUUCGAGAGGACAGAAACCGAUACGAACUAUCCCAACGUUUUCAGGAUCUGCAAGGUGGUGCUCGCCAUACUGGUUCUCAUUCAUUGGAACGCGUGCCUUUAUUUCGCCAUCAGCUACGCGAUCGGCUUCGGUACGGACAAUUGGGUGUACAAUUUGGACGGACCGAAAAAUUCGACUCUUGCCCGUCAAUAUAUUUAUAGUUUCUAUUGGUCCACAUUGACAUUGACCACGAUUGGUGAAACCCCAGUGCCUGAGAAUGAAGCGGAGUACCUCUUCGUGGUGGCCGAUUUUUUAGCCGGUGUUCUGAUAUUCGCUACUAUUGUAGGUAACAUCGGUUCAAUGAUCUCCAACAUGAACCUGGCACGUGUCGACUUCCAGAAUAGGAUGGACGGUGUGAAGCAGUAUAUGGCUUUCAGAAAAGUGGGUAGGGAACUUGAAGCAAGAGUCAUCAGAUGGUUCGCAUACACUUGGACGGAGAGUGGGGCCCUUGAUGAGGAGAGGGUACUUUCAGCACUCCCCGAUAAACUCAAAGCUGAAAUUGCCAUCAGGGUUCAUCUGGAAACGUUGCAAAAGGUUCGGAUAUUUCAAGAUUGCGAGCCAGGCCUUCUGGAAGCGUUGGUAUUGAAAUUGAAAUUGCAGGUUUUUUCUCCAGGCGAUUACAUCUGUAGGAAGGGAGAUGUGGGAAAAGAGAUGUAUAUCGUAAAGAGAGGAAGACUUCAAGUGGUCGCCGAUGAUGGACAUUCGGUACUGGCCACUCUCAGUGCCGGAUCUGUGUUCGGUGAAGUCAGUGUUCUGGAUAUUGCCGGAAAUAGGACUGGUAACCGAAGAACGGCUAACGUUAGAUCUCUAGGAUAUUCCGAUCUGUUCUGCUUGGCUAAAGACGACCUUCUGGUGGCGCUGGCAGACUAUCCAGAUGCCAGGGCCACACUAAUUGAACGAGGUUGCCAGUUAUUGAGAAAGGAUGGCCUUCUAGAUGAGGAAAUGUUUAGGAAGGCGAGAGAGACGCAGGAUUCGAUGGCGGACAGCCUGAAGAAAUUGGAAGCAACUGUGGAGAUGCUCCAGACGAGAUUAGCACGCCUUCUAGCCGAAUUCACCUCCAGCCAGGCCAAGUUGAAACAACGCAUAACGAGGGUCGAACUGAGGCCACAAUAUCAUGGAGAGUCGAAACAGGACAAACUGGAGGUUCCGUUCUCUGGAAGGAGGAGAUUAAGAUCCUUCGAAACCCAAAGGAAAAAUUUAUCAGAGAUUCAACAUCAACGAUUCCAAACAAUGUGAAUAAUUUUGAAUGCCGAUGUUCCUUUUCUAGGAUUUCCAUAAACGAAAUUCGGUAUAACAGAAUUUCAUCACUAUUUUUGGAGAAAAGUGUUAACACUUUUGUAAUGUUCCAUAUGGAAGCUGUGCUAUUAUACAAGUUUUAACUGGAUGAAACUGAAGGAUAUGAACUGAAACUGAACAUCAGUAUCUAGAUAGUAUUUUUCCACAUUAUGUUUGUUCCCUUGGAACCUAUAUUCAAACUCCACGUACCAAUUGAAUUAUCGUUUUCAUGUAUCAAGAAAGGUAUUUUUGUAAACAAGUAAUUUUAUAUAUACAUACAUUAUAUUGUUAGGUGAAGAGAAAAUAUUAAACUAAUUAACAAUAA